UUCACGAGCGAAAGCAUACCACGACGUGUCCGGGCGAGCUGGACUCCUUGCCCUGAUAUUUCACAUAAUCGGUUUCGUGUGUGUGUGUGUUUUUUUGUAAUUUCCUUAUAUGGUUAUCAGAUUUGUGUAGAAAGGGACGGUCGUGUUGGUUCUUAAGACUUUUUUGUUUUUGAAUCGAGGCCCAGCAGCUGUUGGGCUCCAAGUGUUUUACAGUGAUACAGCGGACUGACAACAAAGACUCUCGCCCCUGGAGCGAACGAGCUGCUUCAAUUUCCGACAUAAUCUUUGAGUUUAUUUGCUCACUGCAGAUGGUGCUUUAACCAACGUGAAUCCAAGGUAUUUUUAGCCGGUGAACACGUGCUGAGAUGGCUCUGCGGAUAGUCAUCGUAUCGUUACUGCUGGGGUUACUCUCUCUCAGUGGUGCACAGCAGGAGGGAAAUGAGUGUAUCAAAGCUAGCGCCCAGUCGUGUGGAGAAUGCAUUCAGGUCGGGGAAAAGUGUGGAUGGUGUGCAGACCUGGAAUUUCUGAAACCAGGAGAAUCAAAGUCCACACGUUGUGACGAGAUUAGGAAUCUGAGAAAGAAGGGCUGUGCUGACAUCGAAGACCCUCGGGGGUCAUUCACCGUUGAUACGGACAAACCCGUCACCAACCGUCAGAAAGACGUGGCCGAGAAACUGAAGCCAGAUGAGAUCACGCAGAUCCAGCCUCAGAAGCUCACGCUUAACCUGCGGUCAGGUGAGGCACAGAAGUUCUCUCUGAAGUUUAAGAGGGCAGAGGAUUACCCCAUAGACCUUUACUAUCUCAUGGACCUCAGCUUCUCCAUGAAAGAUGAUCUUGAGAAUGUGAAAAACCUUGGGACAGACCUGAUGCGUGAAAUGCAGUCAAUCACCUCUGACUUCAGGAUAGGAUUCGGGUCGUUCGUGGAGAAGACCGUGAUGCCCUAUAUCAGCACGACCCCGGCGAAGCUCCUGAACCCCUGCACGAAUGACCAGAACUGCACCAGUCCCUUCAGCUAUAAGAACGUUUUGAGUCUGACCGAAAACGGGCAGGAGUUUAACUCCCUCGUCAGCAGGCAGCAGAUCUCUGGGAACCUGGACUCCCCCGAGGGAGGCUUUGACGCCAUCAUGCAAGUGGCUGUCUGUGGGAAGCAGAUUGGAUGGAGGAACGUGACCCGCCUGCUGGUGUUCUCCACGGAUGCCGGCUUCCACUUUGCCGGAGAUGGAAAACUGGGAGGGAUUGUGCUUCCCAAUGAUGGGAAGUGUCACCUUCAGGAUAACAUGUACACGAUGAGUCAUUACUAUGACUAUCCUUCCAUCGCCCAUCUGGUUCAGAAACUGAGUGACAACAACAUUCAGACCAUCUUUGCUGUAACCGAAGAAUUCCAACCUGUAUACCAGGAGCUGAAGAAUCUCAUCCCAAAAUCCGCCGUGGGAACUCUGUCCUCCAACUCCAGCAACGUGAUCAAACUGAUCAUUGAUGCCUAUAAUUCUCUGUCCUCUGAGGUGAUUCUGGAGAACAGCAAGCUGCCUGAGGGCGUGUCCAUUUCGUACACCUCACGCUGCAAGAACGGAGUCAGUGAAACGGGCGAAAAUGGAAGAAAAUGCUUCAACAUCUCCAUUGGGGAUGAGGUGAUGUUUGACGUAGCGAUCACAGCUAAGGGUUGUCCAGGUCAGGGUAAAUCAGAGACCAUAAAGAUCAAACCACUGGGCUUCACAGAGGAGGUGGAGAUCGUUCUCAACUUUAUCUGUGAGUGUGAGUGUCACGAGAGCGGAAUCCCCAACAGUCCCCUCUGUCACUUUGGUAACGGCACCUUCGAAUGUGGAGCGUGCAGAUGUAAUGAGGGGCGCAUAGGUAGAGUGUGUGAAUGUAGCAAAGACGAGGUACGAACAGAAGAUCUGGAUGCUAACUGUAGAAUGGACAAUGGAACAGACAUCUGCAGUAACAACGGAGAUUGCAUCUGUGGAUCAUGUGUGUGUAAGAAGAGAGACAAUCCUGAGGAAGAGUACACAGGCAAAUUCUGCGAGUGUGACAACUUCAACUGCGACCGAUCCAACAACACGCUUUGUGGAGGUCACGGCCGAUGUGAGUGCAGGGUGUGUAUCUGUGAUGCUAACUACACAGGCAGCGCGUGUGACUGUCCUCUGGACCCCACCCCCUGUCGGGCCAAAAACGGUCAAAUCUGUAAUGGGCGUGGCACAUGUGAAUGUGGCGUGUGCAAAUGUUCUGAAAAGUUCCAAGGGCCGACUUGUGAAAACUGCCCAACCUGCCCCGGAGUCUGUGCCGACAACAAGGACUGUGUUGAAUGUCGUGCCUUUGGCACCGGGGAGAAAAAAGACACGUGUUCACGAGACUGUAGCAAUUUCACGCUCAUCAAAGUUAAAGACAAAGAGGAUCUUCCUCAGCCUAACAGCCAACCUUUCCUCACUCACUGCAAAGAGCGAGAUGCCAACGACUGCUGGUUCUUCUUCACUUAUGCCACCAAAAACAAUACCAUCGAGGUCAUAGUUGUCGAGACUGUCGACUGUCCUGCUGGUCCUGACAUCAUUCCCAUUGUGGCGGGCGUGGUCGCAGGCAUUGUUCUGAUUGGUCUGGCUCUGCUGCUUAUUUGGAAGCUGCUCAUGAUAAUUCAUGACCGCAGAGAGUUUGCCAAGUUCGAGAAGGAGAAGAUGAAUGCAAAGUGGGACACUGGAGAGAACCCCAUCUACAAGAGCGCCGUGACAACGGUCGUGAACCCCAAGUAUGAGGGAAAGUGAUGGACUGCUGUUUUUCUCUCAGAGUAACACUGUAUGCAAACACAUCCAGGAGGAAGACAGGAGGCGAACAUUCACUUUACGUUGGUUUUGGGUUUUUUGUGUGUUUGUGCUUUGGUUUUGGUUUAUGUUUUUUUUUUGUUUUGUUUUGGUUUUUUUUCUGAAACACAUUAUUUUAGCUGUGCGAUUGUCACCAUUUUUUCAGUAUCUUUUAUUAACCUCUGCAUUUCUAUGCAUCAUUUUGAUAAUGUACAGUCUGUAGAAACUUGGGGACUGUGUUGUGGAAUUUCAGAGACUGAUUUUAAUUUAGGUUUUUUUCCUGAGUGUGUGUGUGUGUGUGUGUGUGUGUGUGUGUGUGUGUGUGUGUGUGUGUGUGACUGCGCCACAGGACUGGCAAAGAAAAAGAUUAAGAGCCAUUUGUUGUCUGGGUGGGAGGGAUGAAGCGUGCUGUUGAAUCUGAGGAGAAAAGUGAUGUUGUUUGUAGCUGUAGUUGUCCACUGGUUUGGCUCCGUGAAGUAAAGAUGAGAAAUCUAAAUGAUUUUCAGUGUGUAGAGCCCGUGUCUCUGUGAGUGGAGCUCUCACUGAACAGUGUUUUGGUCCUAAAUGCAUUUUGACGUCAGGCAGCGCUGUCUCUGCUCUGUGAGUGUUUGAACUGAGGUGUGUUUGAACUGGCCACUGUACCAGAAUGUCUGCAGUCAGACUUUACUUUCUCUUUGUUGUAUGUCUCGUAUGAACAGUGAUGGAUAUAAAUGAAAUAUUACAAAAACACAGAGCUGAAAAUGCCUGCCUGAAAGAUGUGAACGUUCAGAAGUUCUCAGCUGAAGGGGGAGGAGCUUGUUCAAUGGAGUCAGUACUCAUUCAUAAUCACACUGAAAAAUAUCGUUUGGAUGCCUCUGUUUUAAAGUAUGCAACUUUUAAUUGCAAACAUUCUUGGCCUUAUUGCGCUGUUUAAACACACCUCACCUGUGUAGUUUGCAGGAAAGCGAUGGGUUUUUCAAUCCUCAGUCCCAAUCAGAACAAUCGAUUAAAACUUUUUUUUUAGAGGAAUAUACAGCUAUCUAUGGUGAUUACAGUAAUGUAGUGUGAAAAGGACUGGCGUCACUGUUAGUCUCCUUUUGAACAUGGAAAUAGAAAAAAGAAACCGCUCAGGUCCCUGAUUCCUUAUAGUCUUCAAUGCCAAAA